AUUGCGACCGGACCCUGAAUCUGGUGAACAUAUACAACGGUGAAGGGGAAAGAGCGAUGUGAUCCCCCUGACAGUGAACGACCAUAGGAUGAAGACUGGCUGGUGCUUGGCGACUUCAACUUCCACCACCCCGCUUGGGGCGGCGAGGAUGCUGAGUCCGAUCGAGAGGCGGAUCCCUUACUAACCCUUGCAGACAAUGCUAAUCUUGGCCUCUGGCUUGAACCAGGUACAACUAUCUAGGAGCGUACAGGGUGGCAGACCACGAUAGACCUGGUCUUCGGCACCUCCGAGCUCACGAGCCGCAUGAUUGUCUGCAAGACAGCACCCGCAGUGCACGCCGAUUCCGACCACCUCCCGAUUGCCACAAUCAUCGACCUAGAUACACCGUUAGCGAGGUCGAAGCCGGGGAGGGAUUGGAAAGCCAUGAAUACGAAAAAGAUGCGGGAAUUCGUGAAAGCAAACAUGGAGGGUGUGGCAGCGCCUGGGCGGGGAUCCAACCCCUGUGUAGAUCAAUGCUGCCACGGAUCAUCUCGUGGAAAUGAUACAACAGGCAAUUGCGGAGUCAACCCCGGCUCCACCCCGGAAUGCCGUGAAGCAGUCAAGACAACUAAGAGAACGAGGCGCGCACACAAGAGGGAACGAACAGACGAGAAAUGGAAGGAGUAGACCAUAAUAUUCCUAUCUCAUAUUCUAUAGCGAUUUCGUACGA